AAAACUCAUAUUUUAUGGGCAUUCCCCGCACUUUUUCCUGACGUACUUUCUCCGCAACCAAACAGAAACAGAAACAGAAAACUCUCUCACCAGAUUGAAUUUCAAAAUCGCAAAUUCCAUGGAUCUCUUGCUCCAAUUCCAACACAUCCUCGAAUCGGACCCUCUCAUAGAUGAAGUUGGAUUUGUACACCCGACCCAAUUCGCGACGCUGACUGAAGACUCAACAGGCGAUGCUGCGAUUUCAGAUGGUACAACCUUUUGGUGCAGAGAUCACAAGCUGGGCGUCUCGACCCAGGCUGUUCUGCCAUUGUACAAUGCGGCCAAGCGUGCGUUUAUUGCGGCAAUGGAAGAGUACAAGAGACUCGGCGAUGAUGGAUUGGAGAGUGAAAUGAUGAAGCAUAGUAAGGCUCUCUUGUUGCUCAGCUCCGAUUUCGGCACUGCCUGGAACUCUAGGAAGCUAGUUGUGUCUAAGAAGCAGCAGCUCUCAAUGUAUAUGGGUGAACUUCUGUUGUCAGCUCUUGUUCUUUCAUGUUCACCCAAAAGUGAUCAGGCGUGGAGUCAUAGGAGAUGGGUGAUCAAGUCAAUCACUGGAAAGUGUUCAGCUCUGCAAGAGAUUUUGGGGAAAGAAUCUGAGCUGGUGGAAAAAAUAGCUGAGAGAUCAAAAAUGAACUAUCGUGCAUGGAACCAUCGUUGCUGGCUUGUUUCAUACAUGACAAGAGAACAGGUGCUACAUGAGUUAAAGAAAUCCAGAAAUUGGGCGGGGUUGCAUGUUGCUGAUAAUUGUUGCUUUCAUUAUCGCAGACGGCUAAUACUCCGGAUUUUGAAAGACUCAAAACUUGAAAAUGCAUCCCCUGGUUACUCUGUUGAAGAAGUAUGGAAGGAAGAGCUUGAUUGGAAUGAAAUGUUGAUAAAGCGUUACAUAGGAAGAGAGGCACUUUGGCUUCAUCGUCGCUUCCUUUCUUUGUGUUGGAUGAAGCAAUUUGCAACCGAUCUCCAUGAUGUAUCCUGCCAUUCUGAGCUAAAGACCAGCACAAUUAACAGCUUCAAUUCCUUUAUUGAUAAUGAGUUGCAUCUCCUCAACUCUUGCUCAACUGUUCCGGAUAAUGACUUCGAGGAUUUCCAAGUGCAAGCCACAUUUUCUGCCACUUACAUAUUAUGGCUGACAAAGCAAAUCCCGGAGUUUUGGUCUGAAUUCCAAGAGAAGCUUACAAUAGGAAAUCUGAAGGCUAUGCUGAGCAAGGUGUGCCCAGAAAGGUCAUUCCUUUGGGAUUCUUUAAUAGAUUAGAUGGAAACGCCUGACUAAUUUGUGAGGGAGUAAACGUUUUCUUUGACCCUAUCUGACAUUUCUCAUCUUUUUUUCUUUAAUUCUUUUACCUUUUUUUCUUUUAUAUUUUUACCUUCUUUUUCUUCUCCACUCUUGUUGAUUCAUGUAGCGAUGAUAUUAACAAUGUAUAUUAUUUGGUUUUCAAUUUAUACUUUUAAAUGGUGUAGACUA